AUGCUUAAAGCCACUCUGCAUUUUUCACGCUACCUGGCCUUUGAUCUGUUUGACAAUGAAUGCACUGGCUACAUUGAUGUCAAAGAGCUAAAGGUGGCCAUUAGAGCUCUGGGCCUUGAGCCCAAAAAGGAUGAAAUCAAGCGAAUGAUCGCCGAGAUUGACAAGGACUGCAGCGGACGGAUUGUGUUUAAUGACUUUCUAUACCUGAUGACUAUGAAGAUGGCUGAAAAGGACACUAAGGAGGACUAUGAUGACGACGAGACAGGAAAAAUGUCCUUUAGGAAUCUGAAAAGGUUUCUAAGGAUCAUAAAAAAGACCAGUUUGUAUUGCAGAUCCACCCAAUAAAAAUGUAUAAGCUUAAUCAAAA